AUGGGUGUUCCAGCACUUUUCAGAUGGCUCAGCCAAAAAUAUCCCAAAAUCAUCAGUAACGUAAUCGAAGAACAACCGCGUGAGAUUGAUGGCCAAGAAAUCCCAAUCGAUACACGAGGCCCUAAUCCGAAUGGAGAAGAGUUCGACAACCUCUACCUCGACAUGAACGGCAUUGUGCAUCCUUGUUCGCAUCCUGAGGACAGACCAGCGCCCAAAGACGAAGAGGAGAUGAUGUUAGCGAUAUUCAAAUACACAGAUCGUGUAGUGAACAUGGUCCGCCCCAGAAAGCUCUUAUUAAUUGCUAUUGAUGGAGUUGCUCCUCGCGCCAAGAUGAACCAACAGCGCUCUCGACGAUUCCGCUCUGCCCAAGAAGCACAAGAGAAGGAAGCUGAUAAGGCCGAGCUUCUCAAGAUGCUAAAGUCGCAAGGUGGCCACAUUGAGGAACCAGAAAUCAAGAAGGCUUGGGAUUCAAACGAGAUAACUCCAGGAACGCCAUUCAUGGAUAUUCUAGCCGCGAGUUUGCGAUAUUGGAUCGCGUACAAGCUCAAUACAGACCCCGCGUGGGCCAAGAUGAAAGUCAUCAUCUCUGAUUCUACUGUCCCCGGUGAAGGCGAGCAUAAGAUCAUGGAAUUUAUUAGAUCCCAGCGCUCCUCUCCUCAUCAUGACCCCAACACUCGACAUGUCAUCUACGGUCUUGACGCCGAUCUCAUUAUGCUGGGACUGGGCACCCACGAGCCUCACUUCCGUGUUCUUCGAGAAGAUGUGUUUGCACAAGAGAGAGGACCUCGUCUGUGCCGUUUGUGUGGUCAGGCCGGACACGAGGCAAGAGAAUGUACGGGCAAAGCAAAGGUAAAAGAUGGAGAAUUCGAUGAGAAGGCUAGCGCCCCCGCCCUCAAACCAUUCAUCUGGCUCCACGUGUCUGUUCUUCGAGAGUAUCUAGCAGCUGAGCUAUAUGUCCCAGACCAGCCUUAUAGAUUUGAUCUUGAGCGAGCUAUAGACGAUUGGGUUUUCAUGUGUUUCUUCGUGGGCAAUGAUUUCUUACCUCAUCUUCCCAGUCUCGAGAUUCGAGAGAAUGGAAUCGACACUCUCAUUGCAAUCUGGCGUGACAACAUACCACAUAUGGGCGGCUACCUCACAAAAGAUGGCCACGUCGACUUGGAAAGAGCACAGUUUAUUCUUGAUGGACUAGCAAAACAGGAGGAUGCCAUAUUUCGGAGACGAAAGCAGACAGAGGAUCGACGUGAGGCCGGUGCGAAGCGACGCAAGCUCGAACAGGAUCGUGGUGGUCGAGGAGGUCGUGGUGGCAGAGGUGGAUUCAAAGACUCCCCAUCAAACGGAAGACAUAAGCCACACAACGCCGCACCGGAAGGACUUCCACUUUUCGCUCCAGGUGCCAGCAUUAGCAGAGAGGCAACAGCUAUGACGCAUGAUAUGGCUGUCAACCGAGGCGCUAUCUACAAGGCAAAUUUGGCCAACAAGAGUGCUGCCGCAGCAUUGAAGAGCCAGAUUAACGGCAAAUCUUCUAUUGAGGAUGUCACUGAUGCUGCUAAUAAACAAAAUGAACCACCAGUAUCUGCACUUGGCAAACGCAAGGCAGAAAUUCUCGAAGAAGAAGGCGACAGCAGCACCACGCCAGCACGGGAUACUCCACAACCUUCAACCCCCAAAAAACCUGACGAUGAACCACCACCUGACACUGUACGCUUGUGGGACGAAGGUUACGCUGAUAGGUAUUACGAGCAAAAGUUCGGAGCUGAUCCUAGCGAUAUUGCUUUCCGCCACAAAGUGGCAAAAGCUUACGUCGAAGGCCUUGCUUGGGUUUUGCUCUACUACUUUCAAGGUUGCCCAUCAUGGGAAUGGUAUUACCCGUAUCAUUAUGCUCCUUUCGCUGCAGACUUCGCAAAUCUCUCUGAUAUAAAAAUCUCUUUCGAAAAGGGCAGAAUUUUCAGACCAUUUGAGCAGUUGAUGGGUGUUCUCCCAGCCGCUUCCAGGCAAGCCAUUCCUGAGACAUUCCACGAUCUCAUGACUGAUCCUGAGAGUGAGAUCAUUGAUUUCUACCCAGAAGAUUUCGUUGUUGAUCUCAAUGGCAAGAAGUUUGCUUGGCAGGGUGUUGCCUUACUCCCUUUCAUUGAUUCCGACCGGCUGCUUAGCGCCAUGGCUAAGAAGUACCCAAUGCUACCACCUGAAGUUGCGGCACGCAAUGGCGUCGGCAAAGACGUACUUCUUGUUGCAGAGGCUCAUGAGUCACUCUACGCGGACAUUGCUACAAACUUCUACUCGAAGAAGCAAGGGCCCCCACAUUUCAAGCUCAAUCCAAGUACCAGUGAAGGCUUGACUGGAAAAGUUGAGAAGAAUGAUUCAUAUUUACCUCACGGCUCUCUAACGUUUCCUCUUGCGAGUGGAGAGAUGCCAAGCUUGGACGAAGAUCGUUCAAUCAGUGUACAUUAUGAGAUGCCUAAGUCCAAGCAUAUCCAUAAAUCAAUGUUACUCCGAGGUGUAAAGUUUAAUGCCCCUGCAUUGACUCAGAGCGAAAUCGCGGAGACCAAGAGGAAGGCAGCCAGCUCAGGCCGUGCUCAUGGCGGUGCUCCACUGGGAGGAAAUGGUCGAGGACGCAAUGGUUUCAACUAUGCCUCGUCUAACCAAUACCCUGGAUCGUCCAGUAAUGACCAGUCCCGUGGACCCCCUAAUCAUUACCAGAACCCCUUCCCACCUCCUCCCCCAGGUUGGACUCCUCCUCAACCCGGCGGGGCCGAUUUUUCUCGUGGACCUCCCCCUCCACCCCCUGGCUUUGAUCAGUACGGUCGGGCUCAACGCAAUCACCAGGCUCCCAACCCUGGCUAUGGUGGGCCUCCGGGAUACGGUGGUUCGAACGAUCGUCGGCAAGGUGGCAAUGAAUACCAAGGAGGUAACUCGUACCGUGGAGCACGUGGUGGUGCUUCAUAUCGUGGAAACUACGGAGGACGUUAA